CUGAUCAAUGGACCGGCUACUUUUCAACGACUAGUGAAUGAUAUAUUCAUGGACAUGCUGGAUGAAUAUGUCACUGCAUUUGUGGACGACCUCAUCUACAGUGCAAAUGAGGCAGAGCAUGAGCUGCAUGUGAAGACAGUCCUCACUCGAGUAUGAGCUACAGGUCUACAAGCCAGUCUCCACAAGUGUUAGUUCCAUGCUACCAGGACUAUGUAUCUCGGGUUCAUCGUCACCACAGAUGGGAUAGAGGUGGAUCAUGAUAAAGUGGCAGCGAUACUCCAGUGGGGCCGGCCAAACACUGUGAAAAGAUCAUAUUGUGAAGCCUCUGAACCAACUAACAAAGAAGGAGACCCCAUUCUGCUGGACCCCAGAAUAGCUACUAACACAGCUGGAGAAAG